GUUCACCUGGGCACACUGAACGGACUCGCGAGCAUCACAACAAAAAACGCGCGAAGGCUGUCGGGCAGAAAAGCCAAAACAUCGCCGUGAUAACAUCCUCGCCGGCAACGAAACGCAUCCUUCGCACCACACUAAACACUUGGAAAACAAGCGCGCAAUCAUGCUCUUCGAGGAUCAACACAUGUCCGUGGACAACACCCCCCAGAAGGGCUCCGGUAGCCUGAAUUCCUCAGCAUCCUCCAUAUCUAUUGAUGUGAAGCCAACGAUGCAGAGCUGGGCCCAGGAGGUCCGGGCGGAGUAUGGCCAAAGCGAUGAGGCCUCCAGUUCGCUAAAUAGCAGCGCCGCCAGCUGCGCUUCCUUGGUCAAAAAAGAGCCAGCGGAGGUUAAACUGGAGCCCAUUGAAGGCGAGUCAGGUCGGGAAAUGGCAUUUGAGUUUCUGGACAAUGUCAACGAGGAGAAAUUCGAGCGCCUGGUCAAGGAGGAAAAACUGAAGACGCCCUACAAGCGUCGCCACUCGCAAACACCGCCCAGCAACGAGAACAGUCGCUCCAACAGCCCAAACAGCAGCAACUCCUCUGCCAAUGGGGAUGCAGCGUCCACCAAGAGUGGCAAUAAUCCGCGUCUAAGGAACCACAACAAAUCCAGCGGUUUCCGUGGCCACAAGGAGGAAAAGCGGGUGCGCCACAACAGCUACACAUCCUCCACCUCGUCCUCCUCCUCCUACACCGAAGCCGAUCCCGCCGUCCUAGCCCGUCGCCAGAAGCAAAUAGAUUACGGCAAGAAUACUGCUGCCUACGAGCGUUAUGUGGACAUGGUGCCAAGGACUGAGCGAGCCCGCGAACACCCCCGCACCCCGAAUAAGUACGGAAAGUACAGCCGGCGGGCAUUCGAUGGUCUCGUGAAGAUCUGGCGCAAGAGCCUCCACUUCUACGACCCACCCACUCUCACCAAAACCACCGCUAACGACAGCAAUACCGACUCGGAUUCGGAUUAGAAUCUCGUCAUAGGGCCGGGCUACGUUUUUCAAUUAUAUAAAUUGGGGGUUUACAUUACCUACUUAUUAUCAGUACAAAAUUGAGCUAACUAAAACUAUGAAAAACACGCAUUUCCAAGUUACAAGGCCAUGCAAAGAAUUGUUACCACAGAUGUUUUGUUGAAUAAAAUGGCGUCUUACAAGA